CCCUGUCUGGCCGCUUCCAUCGCAGCUUGCAUCUUGCAUCCUCAGGCUCUCAUCCCGCACCCGCAUCCCAAAAGCAUCCUGCAUCCUUUAUCCUUGUGAGAAUCCUGCAUCUGACUUCCCUGAGGCUGGGCAUGUAGUGGCGGCAGUAGCUACGGAAUAUGGGCGGGAACCACUCCCACAAGCCCCCAGUGUUUGACGAGAACGAAGAAGUCAACUUUGACCACUUCCAGAUUCUGCGGGCCAUUGGUAAAGGGAGUUUCGGGAAGGUAUGCAUCGUGCAGAAGCGAGACACAAAGAAGAUGUACGCCAUGAAGUACAUGAACAAGCAAAAGUGUGUGGAGAGGGACGAGGUGCGGAACGUGUUCCGGGAGCUGCAGAUCAUGCAGGGACUGGAGCACCCAUUUCUGGUGAACCUGUGGUACUCCUUCCAGGAUGAGGAAGACAUGUUCAUGGUGGUGGACCUGCUGCUGGGCGGGGACCUGCGCUACCACCUACAGCAGAACGUGCACUUCACAGAAGGAGCCGUGAAACUGUACAUCUGCGAGCUGGCCCUCGCUCUGGAGUACCUGCAGAGAUACCACAUAAUCCACAGAGACAUCAAGCCAGACAACAUCCUGCUGGACGAGCAUGGGCAUGUGCACAUCACGGACUUCAACAUCGCUACCGUCGUAAAAGGAGCAGAGAAGGCUUCCUCCAUGGCCGGCACCAAACCCUACAUGGCCCCAGAAGUCUUCCAGGUAUAUGUGGAUGGAGGCCCCGGGUACUCAUACCCUGUGGACUGGUGGUCACUGGGUAUCACGGCCUAUGAGCUGCUACGAGGCUGGAGGCCAUAUGAAAUCCACUCGGCCACACCCAUUGACGAGAUCCUCAACAUGUUCAAGGUGGAGCGUGUCCACUACUCCUCCAUGUGGUGUGAGGGCAUGGUGGCCCUGCUGAAGAAGCUGCUGACCAAGGACCCUGAGAGCCGCCUGUCCAGCCUCAGUGACAUCCAGAAUACCACCUACAUGGCUGACAUGAAUUGGGAUGCGGUGUUUGAGAAGGCACUGAUGCCCGGCUUUGUGCCCAAUAAAGGGAGACUGAACUGUGACCCCACGUUUGAACUUGAAGAAAUGAUUCUAGAAUCCAAGCCGCUUCACAAAAAAAAGAAGAGGUUGGCCAAGCAUAGGUCCAGAGACAGCGCAAAGGACAGCUGUCCCCUGAACGGACACCUGCAACAGUGUUUGGAGACAGUGCGGAAGGAGUUUAUCAUAUUCAAUCGAGAGAAGCUCAGGAGGCAGCAGGGACAUGAUGGUCAGAUCUCAGACCUGGAAGGCCAAGCAGGAAGCCAGGUCUCAAGCAAGCUGCAGGACGGUCGAAACAACAAUAUACUGACCCAUACAUGCACCAGAGGCUGCAACAACUAAGCUCUCCGGCCCAGAUGGCACCCUUUCUGCCCUGAUACCAAGAAUUCCUCCUCUGUGCCCUGAUGGUCCCUAUCUUAUCCCUAAAACAUCAGAUACAGAAAGAGCUCUGCAUUCAGAUCUGAGGAGC